GAUGGCGCUGCCAUUCCUAAACUUGCAACGAUAAUCGAAAAAACGUAUCGCUUAAGAAUUGUGAAAAAGUACAUUUGCUAUAAAACAUAUUUUUGUAUAAAUAACAUAUCAUCAUUAAAGAUCGUAUAAAAUGCCUUAUGCUAAUCAACCAUCAGUUCAUAUUUCUGAUUUGACUGAAGAAAAUGUAAAAUUCCAAGUAGAAGACACUGAAUUAAGUGUAGCAAAUAGUAUGAGACGUGUCUUUAUUGCUGAAACACCUACUAUGGCUAUUGAUUGGAUACAAUUGGAAGCUAAUUCAACUGUCUUAAGUGAUGAAUUUUUAGCACAUAGAAUUGGAAUGAUACCAUUAAUAAGUGAUGAUGUUGUUGAUAGAAUACAAUAUACAAGAGAUUGCCAGUGUAUGGACUUUUGUCCAGAAUGUAGUGUAGAAUUUACACUUGAUGUCAAAUGUACAGAAGAUCAAACACGACAUGUAACUACUGCAGAUUUUAAAUCUAGUGAUCCAAGAGUACUUCCUGUUACAUCUAGACAUAGAGAAGAUGAUGCAAGCGAAUAUGGAGAAACAGAUGAAAUAUUAAUUGUAAAAUUAAGAAAAGGUCAAGAAUUAAAAUUGAGAGCAUAUGCAAAGAAAGGUUUUGGAAAAGAACAUGCAAAAUGGAAUCCCACUGCUGGUGUAAGCUUUGAAUAUGAUCCUGACAAUGCUAUGAGACAUACAUUAUUUCCAAAACCUGAUGAGUGGCCAAAAUCGGAAUAUAGUGAAUUAGAAGAAGAUCAAUAUGAAGCACCAUUUAAUUGGGAGGCUAAACCAAAUAAAUAUUAUUUUAAUGUAGAAAGUAGUGGAGCUUUAAAACCUGAAAACAUAGUAAUGAUGGGCAUUGCAGCAUUGAAAAAUAAAUUAUCCAAUUUACAAACACAAUUAAGUCAUGAAGUUCAAAGUGAUGCAUUGAGUAUUCAUCAUUAAAUAAAAUUUACAUAUUUUAAUAUUCUAUAUCUUUUUAUAAAAACAAAAUUUUCGUUAUUGUAAUUUCAGUAUUGUAAUGUUAUUGCCAAUUAUUUUUGUAACAAAAAAUAAAAUAAAAUAUUCGAACAUUAUGUAAAAAAAACUUAU